UCCCCUUCAGUCCAGGCACUCUGUGAUAUGUGUUAUUUACUCUUUAACUGUUACAGAAACCGAACGGAGAGCUCGGCGCUGAGAAUGGAGUACUAGGUGGCGAUACAGACGAGUUUUUUUUUCCGCCACCAAACAGAACAUAGAAGUUGAGGAAAGUGAGAGUUUAAGACGCCAGAAUGGCGAGUCCACCAACGACGGGAGGAUCCUUGUUUUCUAAUGCAAAUAUUAAUAAUAACGUUAAAAAAUGCGGAUAUCUGAGGAAACAGAAGCACGGACACAAGCGGUUUUUCGUUCUGAAAGAGCAGAGCGAGGGCUUUCCUGCCAGACUGGAAUAUUAUGAGAACGAAAAGAAAUGGAAAAACAAGUCUACUGCGAAAAGGGUUAUACCUCUGGACUCCUGUCUGAACGUCAACAAGCGGGCAGACGCUAAACACAAACACCUGAUCGCCCUUUACACCAAGGACGAGUAUUUUGCCGUGGCUGCUGACAACGAACAGGAGCAGGAGAGCUGGUACACAGUCUUAACAGAUUUAGUGAAUGAAGGGAAAGUGUACGACAGGUCGGCGUGCAAUUCUGCGUCGUCUUUGGUGGGAUUCGAGGAGGCGAACUACGGUCUGAUCACACCAGCGAACGCCGCUUAUAAAGAGGUAUGGCAAGUAAAUUUAAAAUCCAGAGGACUCGGUCAAAUUAAAAAUUUAACGGGGGUGUACAGGCUGUGCCUAUCCAGCCGGACAAUUAGCUUUGUAAAGCUGAACUCGGAGGUCGCGUCUGUCAGUUUGCAGCUAAUGAAUAUCCGGAGAUGUGGGCACUCGGACAGCUUUUUCUUCAUCGAGGUGGGCAGGUCCGCCUCCACCGGACCCGGCGAGCUGUGGAUGCAGGCGGACGACUCAGUGGUGGCGCAAAACAUACACGAGACUAUUUUGGAGGCUAUGAAAGCUAUGAAGGAGCUGUCAGAGUUCAGACCGCGGAGCAAAAGCCAGUCCUCAGGUACAAACCCGAUCUCUGUGCCCACGAGGCGGCACUUGAACAACCUGCCCCCCAGCCAGACGGGGCUGCUGAGGCGGUCCAGGACAGACAGCAUGGCAGCCACGUCCCCCGUCAGCAAGUUCACAGCCUGCCGGAUACGCACCGCCAGCGAGGGCGAUGGCACCAUGACCAGACCGGUGUCGGUCAACUGCAGCCCCAUCAGCCCCAGCGCUAACCGGACCCAUCUGAGCCGGUCCAACACGGUGACCGCCAGGCCCUGCAGGAUGUUUGAGUCCUCCUCUCUCCAGCACAGCAAAUCCAUGUCCAUGCCGGUGUCUCAUUCCCCUCCCCCCAGGGCAAGCCCCGUCGGGCUCACCUUCAGCGGCGGGAAUGGCUCCGCCUCCGAAAGCAUCCAGCGGCCAUCCAGCGGCAGCGCCUCCGUGUCCGGGUCGCCGAGCGACGCCGGGUUCAUAUCGUGCGACGAGUAUGGGUCCAGCCCAGGUGACGCCAAGCACCAGCUGGCCAAUGGCAGCAACACGCCGGAAUCCAUUGCCAACACGCCCCUGUCUAACGAGGGAAGCGACCUGUAUGGCUAUAUGGUGAUGGAAAGGCUGACCAGCAAUACUCUCAACCACAGCUGCAGGCGGGAGGAGGCCCUCCACCUGGACAGUGCAUACAGGAAGCGGACGUACUCCCUUACCACUCCACCCCAGCAGAGGGCGCCGUCACAGGUGUCCUCCACCUCCCUGGACGAGUACACCCUGAUGCGGGCGACGUACGCCAAACGCCACUCGGGCCACAGCUCGCACAGCGCCUCCCCGAAAGUCACCUAUCCCGAGGAUUACGGGGACGUCGAAAUUGGGUCUCUGAAGAGCACGGGCAGCAAUUCUGGCGACGAUGGCUACAUGCCCAUGACGCCCGGCGUUGCCCCCAAGAGCAAAAGCGAUGAGUACAUGCCUAUGAGCCCCAUGUGCGUGUCUGCCCCCAAGCAGAUCAUCAACCCCCGGUCUCACCCCCAGACAGCGGGGAACGGGUCGCGGACCAGCUCCCCUGGCAGCUGCUCCCUGGACGACAGCGGCUACAUGAGGAUGUGGUGCGGCUCCAAGCUGUCAGCGGAGAGCGUGGACAGCAAGCAGACCAACGGCGAGUACAUGAACAUGUCCCCCGUGGAGCCCUGCGUCUCGCUGACGCCGCCCGACUACUUCCUGGGCUCCCUGAGCGGCGAGCCCCAGAGGAUUCCCUACUCGUUCAACUCUUUGCCUCACUCCUACAAAACGCAGCCGCCCCAGAACGGGGACAGCGACCAGUACGUGAUGAUGAACCCGCAGACCCACAGGAUUGUGGAGGAGCCUGACUGCUGUGAGGCGCCUGCCGGUUCGGCCACUGCCGCUGUGAGCCCCUCUGCACCCCUGCCAGUGAGGCAGAGCCGGAACGAUGGGCUCCCGCACAGGCCGAGGGCCAGCCGGCCCACCAGGCUGUCUUUGGACACUGUGCGGACUUUGCCGAGCAUGAACGAGCACCCCCUGCCCGCCGACCCGAAAAGCCCCGGUGAGUACAUCAACAUAGACUUCAGCGAGGCCUCGCGCUCCCCACCCUCGCUGUCCAUGGACAGCCCCCCUUCCUCCCUCGGGUCCAGCGGCCAGAGGAGGUCCCCCCUGUCCGAUUACAUGAACGCGGACACGAGCACGCUGUCGCCCAAAUCGGAGGAGGCGACGGCUGGCCUCUCGAGUGCUGUGUCGAAAUCACCCCCCUGCUCUCACCAGCCGGAGGAGGGCUACCUCAAAGCACAGGCGGGGUCGGCCUGCUUCCCCGGCGUGGGGAAGAAUGACUACGCCGAGAUGACGUUCGGCAACCCCUCGCCCACCUCGCGUGGCACGGAGAGCAUCCAGGCAACUACCAACGGGCUGCAGAGGCUGACCCUCAUGGAGCAGGGCGUUCUGAGUAUGGAGGCUUUCCUAGUGCAGGCGGCCACCAUGGACCCAGACCACGGGGCCAAAGUGAUCCGGGCAGACCCGCAGGGGCGCCGGCGGCACAGCUCCGAAACCUUCUCUUCCACCACCACGGUGACGCCCGUCUUUCCCUCCUUCGCCCACGAUCCCAAGAGGCACAGCUCCGCCUCGGUGGAGAACGUGUCGGUCCGGAACAGCGAGGGCUCCGACGAGGAGUAUGGGAGCCCCAUGUGCCGCGAGACCUCCGCCGGCUUUCAGAACGGCCUCAACUACAUCGCCUUAAACCUGAUGGACGGACACCUGGGGAACUGCGAGAGUCUGGCCAGGUUCAAAUCUGCCAGCUGCAAAAGGGGUAUCAAUGGGAUCCACGGCACUCCUUACGUCAGCCUGGGCUUUAAGGAUACAGCCACUGCCGUUAAAGAUUAAACGGUACGCAGGCUCUCCCCUUCUUUCUCCAUCACAUGAACGGGUCGACGUUGCACCGUCGGGCCGCCCACUAGAGGAGGGGGGGGGGCGAGGCAGGCGUCCCGACCGUGGCACGGCUGCAGACAACCCCCUGACUGCGCCUCCCGAAGCAGGGGAGUCGGACAUGACCCCCCACCCCCCACCCUACGAUCAGGAACCACCAUACUGCUGCUCUCCGUGCGACUCCAAACACAGGACUGUAUGUGAGAUGAAUAUGGGCAGAUAUGUGUUCUUCUAGGUUUUUUUUUUUUUUUUGUUCCCACCCAUUAUGUUUGAGCCCUGGACUGUGAUUGGCCAGUGAACCUCAUUCACAAAACCUGUGAAGGAUAUUUGACCUAUUUUUCAUACGGAUGUAUGUGCUCACACACACACGCUCACACAUAUACAGGUACAUCACAUAUUUCCACAUGUGCAGACAUAUAUAGAUACACAAUGGGUCUACAAAGUCUACACACCCUUUCAGAAUUUCAUGUUUUUAUUGCCUUGAGGCCUGCAUAAGUUACACCCUAUAUAUUGGGAGUGUGAGAUCAGGAGAGGGUUAUAAAAAGGUAUCAAACACCUUAAAUAUAUCAUGGAACAGAGUAAAAAACCCUACCUAGAUCAGGCUAUUACUCCUGGAUAGAGGGGAAAAUGAAUAGUGCAAAUUACCAAAAGAUUUUUGAGAAAAACCUGCUACCCUCUGCAAAAAAAGCUAAAUAUGGGGAUGAAUUUCACCUUUCAACAUGACUAUGACCCAAAGCACACAUCCAAGUCCACAGUGGAAUGGCUGGAAAAAAAAGGGAAGAUGAGUGUCCUGGAGUGGUCCAGACAAAGCCGUGACCUCAAUGUCACUGAAAAUCUUUGGACUGAGCUGAAGAGAGGGGUUCACAAGCCAUCCCCUGGCAACUUAAGUGAACUCAAACUUUACUACAAAGAAGAAUGGGAGAGAAUGUGAGAAGCUGGCAGGGAUUUACCCAAACAGAGUCACUGCAGUUAUGAAAGCAAAAGUUUAACCAAGUAUUAGUUUAAUGGCAGACUUAUGCAACCAAGACAGUUUUUCAUUUUCAAUACAUUUUUGAAAAACAGAUGCAAUUGUCUUGAUUUCAGCCUUUGAGACACCAAAAACAAGAAAUUUUGAAACACUGUGUAGACUUUUUAGAUCCACAGCAUGUGUGUGUGUGCGUGUGUGUGUUUUCAACAUCCUCUACAGCACAAGGAUGAAAUUUAAUUAUUACAGUCAACAACAAAUUCAGUGACAAGUAGCUUGAAGCCCUACCUCAGAAGAAAAGCCAGGUAAUUACUUGCGUACUGAAAAUAUAUAAGAUUUCCUGAUUUUUUUUUGAAAGCUGAAUGUGUCAUAGUACCAGUCAAAAGCCUUACUAACUUUGUCAAAGAGUAUUUCUACUAAAGACGUUUGGUUUGGACCUACACAUGCGGAAGAUCAAAGACAAACCAUUUGCCAUGAGAGCUGAAUGUUUCUGAAAGCAGUAGAAGGAAGCAUUUCUCACUUUAAAUUUAGAGACUCAACUACCUGAGUCUGACUUCUUGUACUAUAGACUUUAUUUUUAUUUUUCAUAAAUCUUUAAUUUAUUUUGAUAUAAUAAUUACAUUAAAGGUCACGUGAAAAAGUUUAUAAUUAGAUUUAAAGAAAAAUAUAUAUAUAUAUAUAUCUAUAUACAUAUGCAAAACAGGCUCCAGAGAAAAGGUACAUGGUAGAUGUUAAAACAGAAAUGAAAUAGAGAUUCUUCUUCACAGAAAUGUACAAGUCAAGUGAUACUUCAGUUGGACAGUGGUGGUGAAAUGCCACCAUUCAGAUCCUAGUCACCUGUCAGUCACCUCUAUACACUUAAACCUGUGACCUCGAUCACCCACAAUCCUCUGGUGACUUCUCCCAUGCUCGCACCGCUGAUCUCUGAACUCGCAGAACCUCAGCCUUUCCCAGAAACCUCUACCCCGACUAUGAUAGGCUUCGCGUCCAGUUCAUCCAAUUGAUGCUCGACAGCUGAGCCUCAGGCGAAAUGUGAUUGGCUGAGUGGCACACCAGUGGAACAGCUGGUGAAUUGAGUAACGGGUGGAAGUGGCUCGCUGAUGCUGUUAUCAGGGAUGUUUCGGGGGCUUGAGCCCGACAGUGCUGCUUUCAUUGCUGGGAGACUGGGAUGAAUCACCCGCACCAAUGCAAGGUCUUGCACAGCACCUAGAUACGCAACACAAGACGAGUUUGAAUGUAGAGUGUUCAGUGCUCUCCACCGGAGACGAGUGGAAAGAAAAGGAGAAAAUAAUUUAAACCAGUGAAACAAAGGCAUCUGAGCUACUGGUGUCACUUUGCUCAACAUUACCCAAUACUGUAAAUAGUGUACAAAGACAGAGUUUACAACUAAAAAAGUUGCAAUUUGUUUGAUCAUUUAAACUUUAAUAACUUAAGUCGUUAAUUGUAAAUACUUGUUUGAUUAAAUUUCCCGAAACAACUAUAGCACUAAUGAAAGGUACAUGCUGAAUGCGAUAGUUUGGCCUCACUGAGCCUGGAAUCUAUCUGAUGAAAAGCCACUAAGAACAGAUUUUGUAACGAUGUAAUAUAAAAAUUAAAAAAAAGAAAACACAAGUAAUACUUGACAUUAGAGUAAAUCUUGCUACUUAGGUACAAUUCACCAACCACAUAUGCAAUAUUUACAUUUUUUUAAAGAAAAAAAAACGUAGUUUACAGAAUGGAACCAAAUGUAUAAAUAUUGUGUUAAUUUUUCUGCCGAUUAUGAAUGGAUGUUAUUUUCUGUUUUCGCAAUUGGAGCCGAAUUGAUCUCAUUCGUGUUUUCACCUUGGCUAUGUAUCUAUUGUUUCUAAAUAUCAAAAGGUUAUAUAUUAAGAGGCCUGGUUGAUCUUGCUGUAUCUUCCAUUGUACAUAAUUCAUAUACUGUUUAUUGUGAUGCUGCAUAAACCUAAUUUAAAGUAGUGUAGUAAAAUAUUGCUUUAGUCUGUACUGAUUAUGGGUAGCACAUGCAAUAAAAAAUGUUAUUUAAGAAAGCCA